GUGACAUCUUAUGGCUCUUCUGUUGCAGGAAGCACAGAGAUGGGCUUUGUUGUAACACAACGUCUCUCCCAGCGCUUGAGAAGAGGGUCUAACGUUGCUAAGUCUACUCAAUAUAGAGAACAUGGUGCUAGACCAUAUGAGCUCAUGUGUCCAUACAAAGUGAUCAGUGAAGGUCAGGUGAACUCACGCAGCAUCUGUUUCAGGACCACGGACAGCGACUUCAACUGCGACCAAAGAAACUGCAAAUUAUUUAGAUCAGGGAGGUCCUUGGUGGCCAAUGUAUUACGAAACAACAGUGUAUUAUUGCAAUGGCAGCCCCCAACUCUUUACAUCAAUGAUCUGAAGGGGUUUUAUAUUAACUGUUCAUGGAAUGGCACCUUCACUCGUUUCCAAUGUGAUAGUGUCCAUCUAGGCAUUAGCUGCAGAGACUACCUCUUAACCAACCUUCAUGACAACGUCAAGUAUACAGUCUGCUUGCAAACACUAUACAGAAACAGGACGUCUGUGGAAGAAUGUGUCGAUUUUACAGUGGAACCGGUGGGGAUGCAGGACAUUGUUAUUGCAAUGACAGCAGUUGGAGGUUCUAUAUGUGUGAUGCUGGUCAUCAUAUGUUUGCUAGUGGCCUAUAUUACAGAAAAUCUUAUGCACCCUGCAUUCACUCACCCCUCUUCCAAAAGGGGACUCUAGUACACCAAAUGUUUCCCACACUUAAAGUAGGUCUGUAGAAGCUGUGCGAGUUUAGAGAAUUGUGUAAAAUGUUAUAUGUUUUUAGAAAUUCUAUAAACCUAUAUGAUAACUAAAGAAAAGAUAUCUUGGUUUUUAUUCAAGUUAGGUGUUUGUGAUUCAGGAAUAGAUUGUGGCUAUCCCAAGAUAUCUUUACUAUUUGGAUCAUCACUGUGAAUUGGGUUAAACAGGGAGACACUAACAUUACACUUACUAAUAGUUUGUUAAAUAAAAAUUCAAAAUUUAAAGAAGUCAAAGUA